AUGACCACGCCCCCGCGUUCUUCGCCAUCUUCGCCCUCAUCGCAGCCGCUGCGCUCUUCGGAUCGCUCGGCCACCAUUCUGCCACGUCAUUCUCCCCCGCCCCGUCGCUUCGUCCCUGACGACAGUCUGUUCACGGCCAGUUAUUUGCUGAUUGGUGAUGACUCGUCGACUGACGACGAUCGCUCCUUCAAGGCCAGCACGCAACUACCUACGCCAGUUGAAGCUGUGCAGUGCACACGCAUGUGGAUUCCCGCGGCACGCUUGUCUUCCGAGCAUAGCACCGACGAGAUUCUUCAAUCGGGUGGGGUCCCGCAGUGA